GGUAGGCCCGUGGAUGUCGCCACCAAUGUCUUCCCGCACAUCGGUCAUCUCUGUGCCGGAGGUACGAACAGCCAUGGUAAAUAGGUUGAAGGUGGUGCGAGGAUCAAGCCAGUCCCAGGGCUAUGGCUGGGGGAUCUUCGUCGGGCCCCACCAUACCCGCGGCAAUCAUUGACUCCCCACCAAUGUGACAGUUCUGUGGCGCUCCUGCCACUCCACAGUCUCAGCGACGACUUGGGCGCCUAGUGCAGUUCCCUCCCCAGGAUCGAUGGCGACAACAAAAGCAGCUGUUGUGUGGAUCAACGGCUUCCCCGGGUGUGGAAAACUCACCGUGGCCACGGCAAUCAGGGCACUGGACAAGACGGUCAUCGUCCUGGACAACCACAAACUGAUCGACCCCGUUGAGGAGCGGGUUGCGCGUACCCAUCCCAGCUACCAGCACGAACGCCGAUGCUUCCGUCAGGCCGCCCUAAAGGAGAAUGUCUGCGACCCCGCCGGACUCUCGCGUCUUGUCGUCUUCACGGAUUUCCAGUCGGACAAUGAGCUAGGCUGGGCUGUAGCCUCGGAGUACAAGGAUGCCACUAUCAGCGCCGGUCGGUCGUUUGUCCCCGUCUAUCUAACUUGCGAUGUGGCCACCAAUCUCGAGCGCGUCACCAGCAUCGCCCGCCUCACGAGCAGGACGACCAAGCUCAUUGAUCGUCGCGCCCUGGAGGAUAUACGUUCGCGGUGCGAGCUGUUUCGCUUUCUUGACUGCCCGAGCCUGACGGUCGAUUCGAGCAAUCUGACGCCGCUAGAUGCGGCCGCAGAGAUCCUAGCAUUUGCCCGGGGAGCUGCUUCGCCGCGGGCGUCACUGGUCGAGGGGAUGAGCGUCCCACCCGGUUUGGCUGGACUGGCAGAGCGAGCCAAGCCGCAGCCUAAAACCGUCUGCUUUCCAUGUUUUGCUACUUCGUGCUCUUUGCAGCUCUUCUCGGAGACAUUGCUACCCUUCCUUUCUCGCUUGAUUGUUCCAGUGGAAAUCCUCCGAAUCUCAGAUGUCUAUUCGACCGAGAUCUCAAAUUGAGGCGAGCCUCGAAAUUGGCGCGAUUCGUUUCUACGAAAUUCCGCUCCUGGGUACGCGCGAUGAGAACAACACAAGCAUCCAGGGCCUGGAACUGGCCUAUUCCCGCUCUCCUGAUACGGUGGCAGCCUUAUCCGGCUUAUGUUCCCUUUGCAACGCCUUUGAUAGCUGGCUACAGUUCAUCUCUGGCUCGGAUCGUAUGCACAGGUCCCGGAACGAAUUCCGGGAGCCCACGCUUCUACAUCUCAUGGUGGUCGACACGCGAGCAGGAUUGUCGAGCCAUGUUGGCGUUUGUACAGUGCGUCUGAGGCGGACCGGAGCCCUCGUCUCGGACAGCAUGCCCUUGGAGACCCUGUGGGCAGACACGGUCGACUUGGGGUGAAAGCUUGUCACCUUGGCUUGAAGGGAAGACUUGUUAGACUAUGGCUCAAACUGCUAAAUCCAAUUCCACAGGAAACCUACUAGCAAUGACAUGUCCCGGAAGCGCUUGCAGAAAAUCUUCACUGCUGGGAACGUUGUGAUCACGGAUUUUCAUGGAGUUGUUAGGACGCCAACCGGCUCGCCAGAGGUUCGACUCCACAAAAACGUCAACAAUCGGCAAGGUAUCUCAGCGCUAGCCUGGGAAGAAAAUGAACAGGGCGUCUGCUGAGCACCUGUUUCUUACUCUCAGUCACCGACCAAGAGAUUUCAGUGAAUUUACUGCCAUGUCCCGUCAGUAUCGAAACUCCUCCCAGCCACCACAUCGACGACACGGCGCUCCCGCAAGCCUUCAUAUGGGCCUACCAACAUGGGACUACCGAGCCUGCCGCCACAGCUUGGCACUCGAUAGUGCCCCCGGGAUACCGCGCCCAUCUCUUCCGCGAACAAUAGGCGCAGAGACAGGGCCUAGGCCUUGCCGACCCAAGACCCCCUGCCGGAUGCUAGCUGCGACUUUGUGUGGGUUGCCUGUGAAGCCAUGUGUCGGAGCCGGCCGAGGUGGCAACCCGCGCCCACCCCCCUCCCCCACGACGGAGAAAAGAUUCUGUCCAAGCCUAUCAUACUAUACAGCCAAGUCGGUGAAUCGCGGCUCCGUCGUUUGUCUCGUAGCUCGCUUGUGUGCGCGGUGGAAUGAUUGCCGUCUUGCUAGAAAAGACUUCCGCUAGGUCUCGGCUAGCGCUUGGUGGAUGGCCUUGGGCCUAUAAAGAAGAGGGGCGGCUUGGUGCCCCCGGCUUUCUAGUUACCCAUGAAUACGAUAGGGAUACGGUUUGAAUACGAUAAGUCCUUGUCCAAGGGCCCGCGAUGUUUUUUUUUAGGACGGACGGCAAGCUCCAAGGCCCACUCAGCUUCAUCUUCCAAGGAACAAAGGUGAUCACCCUUGCAGACUAGGUUGAGUGCCCAUUCGUACCCUCACCGUUCUUUUUUCUUUUCAUUUACUUGUCCCUUUACCGGGCCUUCCCAUGCUGCACAGACACGUCCCUUCUGACCAUGACACCACUCCGUAGGCCGUGGCCGUCCA